UUUUAUAUUUUCCUGACUUCCUUUCUUUUCUUUUCUUUUCUAUAAAUCAAGAUUUUGUUGAACUACAUUAAGAUAUCCCUUAAAUUUUCUAUCAAUGGAGUGGUCUCCUCAAUAUGCCAUGGAAGCUUACUUGCACACUCUACAACUGUCUAAGAGAUACAGCAACGAAGGAAGUACAAAACUCAUAGAACCCAAAUACAUGGAGUUUGUAUCAGCUUUGGCAACUGGGAAGCAAGCCAGAUUAAUGAUGGAGAUAACCACACAAGGGAUAACUCCAUUAACAUUAUCCUUAGCAGUAGCAGCAAAGCAAACAGGAGGGAAGCUCAUCUGCAUUCUUCCUCGUGAUCAACAUGAUUUCAAGAAAUGCAGAAACCAUCUUCAAGAUCUUGAAAAUGUGAUUGUUAGCAUAAUUACAGUAAUUAGCAUGAUUAUAGGAGAUUUGUGUAGUAUAAUUACAGCAAUUAACAUGAUUAUAGAAGAUUUGUGUAGCAUAAUUAUAACAAUUAUUAUUCUUGUCUAAAUUAGCUCAUAUUCUCAUGUAUAAAUAGAUGUAAUAUCUCUGUAAAUAAGACA